CAAUAGUAAUCGGUGACGAACUGAUCUUGUGAGCGUUUUUCUGAAUACUCCGUAUACAGAUUUCAUUCUGCCUUGGCUUUUUAGUCGCAACAGCUUAAUACUGUUUUGCUGUGUUUUGAAGCAGAUUGACCAUUGGCUGUAUUGAAAAACAUCAAUAUCGUAUACGCAAUAACUAUCAGCCAAUUUGGAAUCAAAUUAAUAAAAUAUAAAAUCAAUUAUUGGCUUUAGUUUGUUUGCAUAUUUUUACAUUUGAUAUUUUUUCAAUUAUAAAAGAAGCACAAUGUCAUUUUUAUCAAAUUUAUUCGGUGGUAAAUCAAAAACCAAGGCACCAACGCCUGGUGAAGCAAUUCAACGGCUUCGAGAUGUCGAAGAAAUGCUAACUAAAAAGGUUGAAUUUCUUGAAAAGAAACGUGAUGAAGAACUAUUGAUAAUCAAGAAAAAUGGUACCAAAAAUAAACGUGUUUCGUUACAAGCUUUAAAACGCAAGAAACGGAUUGAAAAACAACUUGAACAAAUCGACGGUACUUUAACAACGAUCGAAUAUCAGCGUGAAGCGUUGGAAAAUGCUAACACCAAUACGGAAGUAUUGAAGAUUAUGGGCGGUGCCGCCAAGGCCUUGAAACAAGCUCACGAUAAUAUGGACAUUGAUAAGGUCGAAGAUUUGAUGGACGAAGUUCGUGAACAACAACAGAUCGCCGAUGAAAUAUCUAAUGUCAUCUCCAAUCCAAUUGGAUUCCAAAAUGAUGUCGAUGAAGAUGACCUGAUGAAAGAGUUGGAAGAUCUUGAACAAGAAGAAAUAGACAAACAAUUGUUGGAAACGGGCGAAACUGAACCUCUUCCAGAGGUUCCUUCGGCCGAGCCGGUCAAGAAAAAAACACCCGGAAGCAAACAGAAAGAUGAUGAUGAAUUGGAAGAGCUGGCUGCUUGGGCUAACUAAGAAAAAUCCUAAUACGCCAAACUUUCAAUUGGGGCAAUCGACUCAGCUUUCAUUUUUACCCUACACACACACACACAAAUUGUUUUACUAACCCAAUUAAUACACAAGAAAAAUAUAGUUGUAAAUACGAUAUAAACAAAAAUUCCGCCCCACUCGGCCAAUAAUACCAAAUUGGGACACCCACAGAUGGUUAAUUUUGUUUUGUUGCUGUCUUUAAGUCAACUAAUUAAAAUAAUUCAGUUCCACUUGUUGAAA